AUGUCAAACUCCCCGUUUCUGUGGGCUCCGCGCAUUGUCCGAACGCGAAAGCCGAUAGUGCUUUUGUGCAUUACGAUCCUGAUUUUGUUGGUGCUGGUACCCUUCAAUUUGCAUUCGAAUGUGUCGACCAUCUUCAAGGAUACAGCGGCCGAAUUGCGUGACUCGCAGAAAUGGCACAUUCCACCGUUCCCCGGUCUGUCGAUGUACAGGCCUGCGCCCACGAGCACCCGAAUUCCGCCGCAACUGCAUCAUGACCCCUCUCUCACGAGCCGGUGUAGUAAUGCGACGCCGGUGUACGAUCCCAAUGGCAGGCGUCGCCCGGUCGUGCAGUAUGCCAUCAUGAUAGAUGCCGGCAGCACGGGAAGCCGCAUUCAUGUGUACAAAUUUAACUACUGCAAAGCUUCGCCUGAGCUUGAGUUCGAACAUUUUGAUCACAUUGAGCCAGGUUUGUCGUCGUACAAAGCCGAUGCGCAAGGCGCCGCCCAUUCUCUCCGUCCUUUACUAGACAAGGCUUUGGACAUCGUGCCACAACCGCUGCAAGCUUGUACACCACUACAACUCAAGGCAACAGCUGGACUGCGUCUCUUGGGACCCGAGCAAAGCGGAGCGAUCAUCCAGGCCGUGCGUCAUAUGAUUGAAUCGUCGUAUCCGUUUCCCAUCGCUGACUUGGUGGACAAUCAUGACAAGGCUACGAAAAAUGGUAUCGAGAUCAUGGAUGGACGUGAUGAAGGUGUAUUUGCAUGGAUCACCGUCAAUUACCUUAUGAACCUGAUUGGCUCGGGCGGCAACAAAAAGACGGCUGCCGUGAUGGACCUGGGCGGUGGUUCUACCCAGAUCGUCUUUCAGCCACAGCUGCAAGCGUCGAGUCCCAUGCAUCCAGGAGAACAUGUCUAUGAGCUCAAGAACUUUGAAAACUCGUCGUUCACGCUGUACCAAAAAUCGUACCUGGGAUAUGGACUGAAGCAGGCACGCGAGUCUAUCAAUUCGCUUACUGCGUUCUUGCACCUCUCAACGAAUCCACAGGCCGCGCAACAUGCGGGUGACGUCUCGGCUUGGGACAAGUUUUCGCCCCAGACCAUGUUCGUGCCGAGUCCCUGCUAUGCCGCUGGCGCACAAAAGACGGCCAAAGUGUCGCUUGGCAAGUUCAAGACGUCGGAUAUCACGAUGGUCGGUACGAGCGGCGGCUUCCGCGCUUGCCAGCGCCUGGUGGAAGUAACGAUGAACAAGGAUGCUGAGUGCCAUAUUGCCCCAUGCUCAUUUGCCGGCGUGUACCAGCCAUCUCUCUCACAUGCCUUCAAGAACUCGGACAUUGUGGCUCUGUCAUACUUUUACGACCGCAUUGCUCCGCUGGGCUUGGGCCCGACCUUUACGAUCCGCGAGCUUGAGCAACUUGCCGAGCGCGCGUGCUCAUUGCCGAGCCAAUGGAGUUUGUUCAAGUCGCCGUCGUUCUCUGCCGAAACGGUCGCGGAACUGCAGCAGCGCCCAGACUACUGCCUAGACCUGACUUACAUGCACACCCUUUUGCGUCUGGGAUACGAACUCGACGAUUCGCGCAAGAUCACCCUGGCCAAGAAGCUGGGCGACUUUGAGCUAGGAUGGGCAUUGGGCGCACAACUUGCUGUGCUGCAACAAGGGGUCCUCUGCAAGGCAUCCAUGUAG